ACUAUAUUAUUUUUCAUAUUCUACACAAAUUCAUUUAUUUCAUAUGGACGGCACAGUUUUGUACUACAAAUUAGCUCAAGUAGAAAAUUUAUUGUUGAGGUAUUUCAGAGAUAUCGCGAUCUAAAAAUUUGAUGUCUGAUCGUGCUUGCGCGCUGCAUCAAAAAAGUCUUUAAAACAACGAGACAUAACUUCACGCACAGGAGUUUACAGCCGGUUUAUACAAAAAUGCGAUUCAUCAAAAACUAGACAUGUUUAUAAAAUGCUAUUGCUAAUAAUGGCGUUUGCGCACAUUUUUUUUAACCUGAAAUUGACCGGACUGAUAUUGACCUUGAUCACGAUAAAUAUGAAAGAGAAAUUACUUUUCGUUAUGAAGAUAUGAUCAUGAGUUGUUUUCACAAAAUGGAGCCUAGAUGAUGUUAUCAGUCAAGGUCAAGGUUGAAAACCUUAUUGUGCUCUUUCCAUAUGCCUAUACAUAUAUGUGCCAAAUUUCAAUGCAUUUGAUUGAGCCAUUUUCAAGUUAUCAUAAGGUGGUCAGUAUUUUAUUUCAUAUUUCUCGGUAACGAGAAUACAUGAGAGCCCGCCCGCAACGCUACAAUCAAUACGUUCGUCCCGCUUACAUCGUAUGAUAUACGAAAUCUUUGAGCUGCAAAAAUCUGUUUAUAUUUUUGCAAUCCUUCGUUUCUGGCAGAGUUUUUUGCCGAAAUCCACUCGUAGAAAAGUUUCUGACACUUUUGAAACGGGUUUUGUUCUAAAAUGGACAAAUCUUGGGACUCUAAAAACAAUUUUGAAAUCCCAUCUUCUGCUCGGUGCCUGCCGGGCACGAGCAAGUCACCAUCGGAACCUGCAAUCACGGCAACGGGUACUAACCCGCAGGCAGCCGGGCCCAUAAUGCCUACCUUACCCGGUGCUUCUCCCCCGACGAGUAAAGCAAAGCCGAGCUCGGGCAUCGCUGUGGGUACUCCCAAAUGCAAAAUUAGUAGCAAGGCAAAGCCGAGCGUGCAAGAAAAUACUAAAUCGUCUAAGACGAAAGUCAAAUCCUCUGAAAAUAAAUAUGUUGGUAAGGCUAAGCCAAACCGCGAGGUUGACAACACGAGCAAGGCUAAGCCGCGCUCGGACUCAAAAUCGAAGUCUGUGGAUUCACGCAUUGAUAAGCUGGAAGACAUGCUUUCUGUGUUAAUGGAGAGAAUCCCUGCCCCGGCACAGCUGGCUCUGGCCCCACAGACAUUCUCCUCUCCGGUUGAUAAAAACACGGAGCCCCUCUCGGUAGGAAGAUUGACCUCGGGGGAAGGCCUUUUGGCCGAUGAUUUUUAUGAUGGAAGUGAAUCGCCAGGUAGCGAACUUCUUUAUGAUACCGACGAUGUCGGAAGCAUGGGCAGAGCUGUUGGUAGUGUGCCUACUACUGCCGGCAAGGGACAAGAUUCAAUUCCCAUGAUCGCCGCAAAAUUUGCCAUGCCCUCGGGGAUUGGUGCCCCCUUACAUGACGACAUAGCUCAAUCUAUGACUUAUUUGAUGAGCAACAAACUGGAAGAAAAAUCUCUGGAUGAGGCGGCUGAGAAAUAUCUUUCCCCCGAAAACUGUGAAUUGCUUGACACUCCAAGAGUGAACACAAUUAUUUGGGAAAACUUGCGUUCAGCAACUAGAAAUAAAGAUCUGAAAAUUCAGUACAUCCAGAAGUCAUUAACCAAAGGCUUGUGUGCUUUUGCACGAUCUCUGAACCCGGCUACGAUGACCCAGGAGCAGCAUGAUGCAUUGGCGCUGCUAUGUAAUGCCAAUUACGGCCUAAAUUCCAUGAGGAAGAAUUUGAUCAAACCGGAUCUCAACCCUCUUUUUCAUCAUCUGUGCCGGCCAACUUACCCAGUUACCAAACACUUGUUUGGCGAGGAUCUGGGGCGCCAGGUUAAAGAACUGCAAGAACAGCAAAAAGCCACGGCAGGUGUUAUGAACACGAGAAACCAGCCUCAAGACAGGCAUCAACGCUCAUAUCAUCCUUAUCGCAAGGUUACAGACUAUGCCAAGCACACCAUGAAACGAGCUGGCUGGUUCCCCAAUCAAGAUCAAGGCAAUUCGUCAUCCCGUAUGUAUGGGAACUCAGAGCGCCCUUUUUUAGGGCAGCGCCAGAAUUCCAACUUCAAGAAAGGGAAUUCAAAACAACAGGCAUCACACACCUACACCCCAACAGCAGCCAACAGGGGCAAACAAUCGUACCAUCGCAAGAAGUAGUCGAGGGAAAUUCCCCUUCAGGCUCAAGCACUCAAGAGGCUUGGCGUGCACACUGUGACCUACAUGGAUUAACAGAGAGAACUACAGACAUUAUUGGUGCAUCAUGGAGAGAAUCAACAAAGAAACAAUACAACAUUUA